UCAAACCCGGUUGAGUCGCGGGUCGUUUUGACUCGCGGUAUUUCAUUAGCGCCCUCUGGAUUGUGUUUGUAAACAAACCUGCGUGACCUACUUUUGAAAUCUGAAAGAAAACAUCUUUUGCUGCCAGUAUGAAUAGAUUUUUGAUUAGAGAGUCAAAUCAUAAGAAGAAGCCUUACGACAAGAACAACCUCAAGAGAGCGUUUGAUGCUACGCUUGGAGGAAUGUCCGUGUACAGAGCGUCAAGAGUGUAUAAUGUCCCGGAGUCAACAUUGAGGGAUAGGACAAGGCAAAAUGUUGACAUUAACUGUAAACAUGGAGCAGAGACACUCUUUACCUGUGAAGAGGAGAGAAAGUUGGCGGACCAUAUUGUUUUUAUGGCCAAUAUCGGCUAUGGGUAUUCUGUAACUGAUGUGAGGUGCAUGGCUGCAGACUAUGCCCGUUCUCUGGGGAAGAAUGUCAGGGCCAAAGGGGAGCUAAGCUCGGACUGGUUCUAUGGAUACAUGCAGCGUUGGGCCCAACUUAAAGCUGUUAAGCCUCAGAAGCUUGGCUUACAGCGAGCAAAGACGGCAUCGAAGGCUACGAUUGACCGGUACUUCGAGGAGCUAGGAAGCAUUCUUCAUCGCAAUGGUCUGCUUGAUGCCCCAGAGCGCAUAUGGAACGUUGAUGAGACCGGGUUUUCGACAGAGCAUUCGCCUCCUAAAAUAGUCUGUGCGAAAGAUGCUAAAGCCCAAGCAGUGACCUCUCCACGCUCUAAGAAUGUCACCAUGGUCGGGGGUAUCAAUGCUCUAGGCAACCAUGCCCCACCCUUUUAUAUUUUCCCAGGGAAGAGGUGGCAAGACUGUUUCAUAGAAGGUGCGGUUGCAGGGUCCGUGGGGAAAAUGUCUGACAGUGGUUGGAUAAACCGGGGAAUCUUUGAGGAGUACGUGACGAGCCAUUUAGCGCGUUAUGCAGCCUUGAAUGUGAACCUGGAUGACAAACCAGUCACAUUGGUUCUCUAUGAUGGACACAAGAGUCAUCUCUCACUGACACUUACAACAUGGGCAUCGGAGAGAAACAUAAUUUUGUUUGUUCUUCCCCCACACUCCAGCCACCUCACACAGCCUUUGGACAUUGGGGUGUUUGGACCUCUGAAGGCGUUAUACAAUAGGGAAUGUCGGGCCUUCAUGCAUGCCAACCCAGGAAUGUCCAUAACUACUAGAGACAUCGCUAGGCUCACUGCUAAGCCCUUCACCAAGGCAUUCUGCACUGAAAAUAUUACAUCAGCUUUCAGGAAGUCUGGCAUUUACCCAUUCAAUGCCAAUGCCAUUACUGAUGUCCAGACAGCCCCAUCAUCUAUAUAUCCCAAUGCGCACAUUGAGGAGAGCGACCCGGUAUCUGAGGUGGUGGCAGCACCAAGGAUUGAGAGCGACCCGGUAUCUGAGGUGGUGGCAGCACCAAGGACUGAGAGCGACCCAGUAUCUGAGGUGGUGGCAGCACCAAGGACCGAAUCUGACACUGCAACAUUGUUUUUGAAUUCAAGAACGAUCAAACAAGUUGUGCAGCGUCCUAAGAAAAAAUUCAUCCCACCAGUGAAGAUUGUUGGGAAUCUUCAAACUGAGGCGAACACUAUUUCACUGCGCCAACAGCAAUUGAAGAGGGACUCAAAGGUCCAAAAAGUGGUGGAAACACAUAGGGCCAAACAACAACAACAGGAGCAACAGCCAUCGACAUCUGGAAUUCCAGCAAAACCAGGGCGGCCACUUACACUCGUUGAUUAUGAGUCAGAUUCAUCUCUUGAAAGUGACACAGAUGACGUAUGCUGUGUGUGUAAGAAAAGUAGUCCACCUGCAUUGAGGAAGGAUGUUUCGGUUGUUUUUGUGAAAUGGGGUGAAUGUAGUGUAUGUGCACAUUGGGUACAUCUGAGCUUCUGCACUGAUGUACGUUUCUUGAGGCGAGAUAGCUUCUUCAGGUGUCCCCAUUGCGCAGAAGAAUGAAUGAACAUGAACAGUUAUUUGAAUAUUGAGAAUUAAAAUUAGACACUGCUUGAACAUAACUGUGAUAUUUAUUUUAUUGGAUGUCUUAAAUUCCAUAUGUUCUAAUUGUUAUAUACGUUAUUGAUUGUUACUUUGAAUGGUAUGUCAGAUCUUUAUGUUUAUUCAUGUUAAAUUUAAUAUUAGUGUCGUUUAACCUAUUUACCGCGAGUCAACCGCGAGGGAAAAUAAACAACAAUGGCGGA